AUGCACUGGCGAAAGCUUCAUGCGGGAGAUGAGGCUUGUACGACGCGAGAAAUGGGCCCCGCGAGGGCCAAAGCGUCAACGACCGGUCGCACGAGCGUCUUGUGCCCUGACACUGAAACACUUUCCAUUCUGGUGCAGAGGCAACUCUUUCUGCCGACUCCGAAACCCUUGCCUCCGAUUUUCGCUCGGUUCGGCCAUGCCUCGAGGCGAAUAAAACAGAUCAGAUUAGAGCGAGCCAAGACAAUAGCCAUGCCAUCGCCAUCGACGUCGACGACGACGGAUCGAACCUCGAGACUAGGCGGAACAAUAUUGUCCUGGGUGGUGCAGUUUACUCUUGUCUAG